GGUUAGUGCAAGCAUCCACCUGAGCUUCGUAAACGGUGUAGCAGCCUUGAGCUUCCCAAGCUUCGUAUACAAUCAUUCACACAUUCAGCCUUCCCACUCUUCAAUUCCGACCACCAUUCUCUCUAACGACGUAAUUCUCCCGGACGAACGAAUCAAUAACACUUUUCAUAAAAAAAUUCCCCCUCAAACACCGUCAAGAUGUUUAUGGCAAGAUCUGAAUACGAUCGGGGUAUCAACACCUUCUCCCCCGAAGGCCGACUCUUCCAAGUCGAAUACUCCCUCGAAGCCAUCAAACUAGGCUCCACCGCCAUCGGCGUCGCCACAUCCGAAGGCGUAGUCCUCGGCGUCGAAAAACGCGUAACAUCCACCCUCCUCGAGACAUCCUCCGUCGAGAAAAUCGUCGAAAUCGAUCGCCACAUCGGGUGCGCCAUGUCAGGCCUCCAAGCCGACGCGCGAAGCAUGGUCGAGCACGCGCGCGUCGAGUGUCAAAGCCACGCCUUCAACUUCAACGAAGACCUACGUGUGGAGAGCUGCACGCAGGCGAUUUGCGAUUUAGCGUUACGUUUCGGCGAGAGCGCUGAUGGCGAGGAGAGCAUCAUGAGUCGUCCUUUCGGCGUUGCUUUGUUGAUCGCUGGAUACGAUGAGGAUGGCCCCCAGCUCUACCAUGCGGAGCCUUCGGGAACGUUCUACCGUUAUGAUGCUAAGGCGAUUGGAUCUGGAAGUGAGGGUGCUCAGGCGGAGUUGCAGAAUGAGUAUCACAAGUCCCUUACGAUCGCAGACGCCGAGACGCUAGUUCUGAAGACAUUGAAGCAAGUAAUGGAAGAGAAGCUCGACUCCAAGAACGUGCAGCUAGCGAGUGUAACAAAGGAGCGAGGCUUCAGGAUAUACACAGACGAGGAGAUGGCACAGGUCGUGGAGAGACUACCGGCGAAUUAAGCGAUGGAACCAGUGAAUUAACCCAUCCUAUUACGAAGGUUUUCCUUAUGUCGUGUAUGUUCCGGGUACGGUAGCAGAGCACAAUUAGACAAAAGGGGUAGAACAAGAGAAAAAUCCACCCUUAUGAACUUCACAUCAAGUUGAGCCAGCAAGCAAGUGGUAGUUAUUACGAGU